AUACUUCGUCUGUGGAGCGCAUGCGCAGUAGAGGUUAUACACUGAAGUAACUGCUGCAUCUAAGGAAUACUCAGUUCUACUGUGGUUUAUCCGGAGAGAUUUCCUUGUGAACAAGAGUAGUCCUUUUCCCCCCAGAAAAUGUCGGAUAGUGACAGAAGCGAUGAGGAAAUGAGUGGGUCUGACUCGGAGAAUGAUAAAUCUUUUAGCGAAGAGGAGGAAGAGGAGGAGGAGGAAUACGACGAAAGGCCAAGAAAGAGAUCUAAGGUUUCCAAUUUCAUUAUUGAUGAAGCAGAGGUUGAUGAAAGCGACGAAGACGAGGAAGAAGAUGAUAGACCUGAGGCUGGUUAUGAUCCUAAGGAAGCCAUAAGAAUUCUUCAAGAGGAAAGAGGACCUAGUGCUCGAGACAUCGAUCGUUUUAUUACUCCAGACGAUACACUAAAACCUGAAGAUGAAGAAGAAAUUAACGAAUAUUACAAACAAAAAUACGCCUAUUCUGGUCCAUCGCAUAGUUACGGCCAAGGAGAGCAAAUGUCUGAUGACAUUAGCCAACAUUCCAUUUUACCUGGCGUUAAAGACCCUAACUUGUGGGUAGUCAAAUGUCGAAUGGGCGAAGAAAAAAAUACUGCUCUUCAUUUAAUGCGAAAAUAUCUUACGUAUGAAAAUGAAGGCCAACCCUUGCUGAUUAAAUCUGUCGUUUGUCUUGAGCAUCUUAAAGGGUAUAUUUAUAUUGAAGCUUUUAAACAAACUCACGUUAAGCAGGCAAUCGAUGGCAUUGGGAAUCUUAAAAUUGGAUUUUAUCAACAGCAAAUGGUUCCUAUUAAGCAAAUGCCUGACGUACUUAAAGUUGUUCAAGCAGUUGGAAAUUUAAGGGAAGGCAGCUGGGUAAGACUCAAGUCUGGAAGAUUUAAGGGAGACUUGGCUCAGGUCUUUUAUUGUGAACCAUCUCAAAAUCAAAUUUGUGCUAAACUUAUACCAAGAAUUGAUUAUACAAGAAAACGAGGAGCCUUGAAAACAAAUGAGGAGCCAAAAAAAAAGGGGAGAAUUCCACAAAAGCUAUUUGAUCCUGAUCUUAUAAAAAGUAUAGGGGGUGAUUGGAAUACUGAUGGGGAUUACUUAAUCUUUGAAGGAAAUCGCUACAGUCGAAAGGGUUUCUUGUACAAAAAUUUGAGUGUUGGUCUCUUAAUAACCGAGGGUGUUAAGCCGACUAUGAACGAAUUGGAAAAGUUUGAAGAGUCAGCAGAAAAAGACUCGCUAGAUUUGCAAAAACUAAAGUGGACCGAAGAACAGCCUUUCGCACCAGGUGACAAUGUUGAAGUAGUUACUGGAGAAUUGCAGAAUUUGCAGGGUAAAGUUGUCAAAGUUGAAGGUGGAGUUGUUGAAAUGCUCCCAAAACAUAAAGAAUUGAAGGAUCGUAUGUCUUUCCCUGCUCAUGAACUUAGAAAAUAUUUUCAUAUUGGUGAUCACGUGAAAGUUUUAAAAGGAAAUUUUGUUGGCGACACCGGUCUAGUUGUAGCUGUUGAAGACAAGGAAUUGAGAAUAAUAUCCGAUUUAUCAAUGCAUGAAUUGCUUGUUUUACCAAGAGAUGUUCAAUUAUGUACGGAUAGAGCAACAGGAGUAGAUUCUGCUGGUAAAUUUGAACAUGGUCAAAUGGUUUUGAUUGAGCAACAGCAAGUUGGCGUAAUUGUUCGAUUGGAAAGAGAAUAUCUACAUAUUCUAACCAUGCAUGGUCAUGUAAAGAAACUAAAAGAGACAGCCGUUCAGCCUAAAAAAUCUAACAAAAAUGCUCGAGCGUUAGAUGCUGACAAUAAAGAAGUAACUGUUGGAGAUAUGGUCAAGGUCCAAGAUGGCCCUCAUUCAGGACAUCAAGGACAAGUUAAGCAUAUAUUUCGUGCAUUUGUAUUUCUCCAUUCUCGUUUAGUUGCUGAAAAUUCUGGAAUGUUCGUUUGCCGUGCUCGCCAUAUAUCUGUUGCCGGAAAGACUAGUAGCAGUCCUUCGAACAUUCUAUCUGGUAGCAUGUCACCAAGAAUAAUGAGUCCGAAACAUCCAAGUCAGGGUGCUGGUCGAGGACGAAUGACUGAUGGGUCAAUGAGAAAUAGGAAACUUAUAGGUCAAACUGUGCGAAUUACUCAAGGAGGUUAUAAGGGCUACAUAGGAAUUGUGAAGGAUGCGACUGAUGACACUGCUAGGGUUGAAUUGCAUACUGGAUGUAAUACAGUUAAUGUCGAUAUUAAUCGUUUAGUAACUGUAAACGAUUCCAAGAGCGCAAGAGCUGUGACGGGAACUUUCCCCACCAAAACUCCCCAAGGACAGAUGGGAGGAGUAACUCCAUCAUACAGUGGAGGCAGAACUCCCAUGUAUGGUUCACAAACACCUCUCUACGAUGGAUCAAGAACGCCUCAUUAUGGAGGAGCAACUCCGAGUCACGAUGGUUCUCGAACUCCUGGAGGAGCCUGGGACCCUUCGGCUAGUGCAACACCAAAACCUCUGGACGACGAAAUUACUCACAGUCCAGCAGUGUCUUUCAAUCCAUACACUCCUGCCGCACCAACACCUCCUACUCCGUAUGCUGCUCCAACUCCGUCAGCGUUUGACUCUUCAAAUGCCGAUUGGCUAUGCUCCGAUUUGGUUGUCCGAGUUGGAAUGGAUCACGAUGAUGCCCAACUAAGAAACCAGGAAUGUAUAGUAAAAGGAGCUACUGGAAAUCUUGCGACUGUUCAAGUACCAGCUUUGAAUAAUAAAAUUGUAUCCGUUCCACCUCACACCUUGGAACCAGUUCAACCGACUAGAAACAACAGAGUCAAGGUAAUUAUGGGUGACGAAAGAGAUCAAACUGGACAGCUCUUAAGUAGCGACAGCGGUGAAGGUGUCGUUAAAAUGGACAAUGGAUCGAUCGAAAUGUAUCAAAUGAACUAUUUAUGUAAGAUGGUCGAAUAA